UCUGAUUGGAGGCAAUACUUGUAAUGUAAAAGGCAGCGCUAUGCUGCGGCGUUGUGAUAAAUGUGAUCGCAUCGGUUUGGGCGCUAGUCAAUUUGGAAUAGAAGAGCUGGGUUAUCUACGAGAAAGAUUUCAUGGAAGUGUAAUUCAUUUCAAAUAUCCAAGCCAUGCCUUCUCAAGUCGCCUGCUCAGACGUGGUAAUGAUUUAACAGCAGCAUAGCAAACUGCUACAACGCUGGGAGCCUGCGGUUACUUUGGGACGCUCUUCCGCGUGUCAUCCCAUUGGGUGGAAUUCCAAGAGUUCAGAAAGUCACUCAUACCAGCCAUGAUUCUUUUCAAAGCUUUCUUUCAAGGAUAUUUCAGAAGUCCUGUCUACUCCUUUUAGAUAUUCAUCAAGUCGACAGCCAUAUUAUACAGUUUUUUUUCCAGCUCUCCAUUCCUUGAACAUUUCAGAUUUGCCUGUGAGGCCAUUACAGAUUGCAAGAUGGUACUGGAUGUAGGUGAAGGGACUAUGGAGCAGGUAGCAGGCCAAGGCAAUCUUUGCAAUGAAAAGCUUGGUGUAAUCAAGAAAGAACUACAGCGAAAUGGACUACGAAAUACUACACACUUGUCUCCUUCCUCUUUUAGUCAAACAAAGCCAAAUCUUAGCUGCCAGGAUCUUGGAAUGGUUGAGAAUGAGUUUAUGAAGUCAUUGCGUUCAGAUACACGGAGACCAGAAUGCAAGAAGCCACUGGGGCUAGAGGUAAAGAGACCUUCUGUGUCAGAAGUAAAAAAGACCUCGGAGUCUUCGAAUAUUUCAAAACAGUUGGGAUCAGCAGAUAUUAAGAAGCUUAACGUAUCCAAGAUGACUCGGGCUCCUGUGCCACCAUCUCGAAGUUUGACCAGCCCAAUGUUUAAUGGACACCGUGCUUGGAUGCGCCGAAGUGAGAGCACAUGUGCCAUGAAUGGAGAAGAAAUCGGGGGUCGUGGAAGGCUGCGUCCUGCUACCUCUCUUCCUCAUAUUGCUAGGGCAAUGCCCCUCACUCCACUGCCAGUAUCGGGACGCAAUUCUUGCCUUCUUGUCGCUCUACGACCAACCAAUAUUGAACAAGAGAGAGAAGCUUUUUUUCAGGCAGACUUUAAAUAUGAACCACAGUUUGAAUAUGCAGAACCACAGCCCACCAGUGUUCUUGAAAAGUACUCAGAGGGGUCUGGCCAGUUCCUCACACAGGCUGUGAGGAUCAUGCACUCUGUCCUCCGAAGAUAUGGCUCCUAUGAGAACUUUGAAUUGGCCAAUGGUGGCAGCAUCCUCCCUAAAAGCAGAGUUUGGGCUUCUGUGCGAAAGUACUUACAGAAAGAGGGGUGUGUGGGAGAGGUGGUGGUACGUUUAUCUGAAGAGCUGCUUUCACAGGCAGUAAUGAUGGUCGAGAGUUGCAGGCCAACUCUCACCAUCAACCUGGCAGGGGCUCGACAGCACUGGCUAGAGGGCAUGUUGCGUCAUGAAAUUGGUACACAUUAUAUCCGUGGUGUCAAUAAUAGUCAACAGCCAUGGCACAGCAAAGCAGGACGGAAGCAGUUUGGACUGAAACCUGCCAACCCAACAGAAGAGGGACUGGCCAGCCUACACAGCGUUCUCUUCCGCAAACACCCAUUCCUAUGGCGGGCUGCCUUGCUUUACUAUACUGUUUAUCAUGCUGGCCACAUGAGCUUCAGCCAGCUGUUCAAUGAUAUUGGGCAAUUUGUGCAAGAUCCUGCAGUCCGUUGGGAGUACUGUGUCCGUGCCAAGAGGGGCCAGACAGACACUUCCCUCCCAGGUUGUUUCAGCAAGGACCAGGUUUAUCUGGAUGGAGUCCUGCGGAUAUUAAGACAUCGGAAAACCAUUGAUUUUAAAAUGCUUGCUUCUUUAGGCAAGGUAUCCUAUGAAGAUGUGGAGUCUUUGAGAAAAUAUGUUGUUUUAGAAAAAAUCAGAAUCCCUCACUUCAUGCAAGAUGAAGAGCGCUACCUGGAACAGCUGGAUCACAUCAUCGCGGUCAAUGAAUUAACGGAUGAAGAACUGAGUCAGCUGAUUCCUCUGUGACUGUGUCCAGCAGUGCUAAGCUAACUCCAGUCGUGUGUCUCUCUCAGGUACAGAGCCGGAGCAAGACUGUCAAAGGUGUUCAGGAAAAGGUCCUUCAGGGUAGGCAUGCCAGCCAAGGCAAGCUGUUAAUUUCCUGUUUCCAUUAAGAUUUCUCCUUCAAUUAGAGUCAGGACUAAUUGACAUAAUACACACCUCUGUCCCCAGCUAUAUUAAUAAGACACUAGGCACAGUAGCUAAAAAAGAAAGUCUGAAGGAAUGGAAUUGGAAAUAAGCACAUUUGAGGUCUCGAUUUUCCUUUUCAUGGGGGUAUGACACACACAAAGUUUGCAGUCUACAAAGUUUCAGUUGCUGGUUCAGUUAUAGAAUUUACGAUAGUGAGAAAAAUCUGGAUACAUUUUCCCAGCUGAUUAUUGAUUUUGUAUUGAACAUAACAUAAAAUUAUCAAGCCAUAUUAAUCAUGUUCUUGGUCAUUAGGAGUUGGAGCAUUUUCCAGCACAGGGCAUCAGACCAGUGCAGAACCCAAUCGCUUAUACAGCAACACCGACAGUCACAUGGGCCAAUUUGAAAUUGCCAUUUAACCUAACCUGCACACACAUCUUUGGGGAUUCCCAUGCCCACAUGGAGCCCUGAGCGUGUUAGUAGUGCCCCUCGGUGUCUAAAGUGCGCACCUCCUGAGUUUCCAAAACGGUUCACCUUGGUGUUCAUAGCGUGGACGAGGGAGUGAGAGUUGUCAGAAAAAUCUGGAGCUUGUGUUGCAUAAACAGUGCCCCUUGGUGUCCAUAGCAUGGACCGGGGAUAGGGCAGGGCAGAAAGAUCUGGAGCAUGUGCCACUUGAUUUACGUAAAUGGCACCCCUUAGUGUCCAUAGCACAGCGGGGUUUACAGAGCAAGCGCCACUAGAGUGACAUUAAAUGGCACUCCUCAGUGUCUGGAGCACACAUCCCUUUUGAUGGCACACUAGGUGGCUGCCUAUGUUGCCUUAUGCACUGACCGGUUCUAACAGGAAGAAUGUACCAACUCCACAUGGACAUUUUUCAGGCAUGGCAUUCAAUGCCCAGGCAUAGGAUCCAUGAGGAUCUAUUCCACUGUGCCAGUCCAGAUUGAACAAUAUCACCAAAACAGCAUUUGUCCUUCACGUGUAAACAAAUGGUCCAAAAGUGCAAUUUAGAAAGUAGCCUAAAUAUCCUAAUUUGAAGUAAACUAAAUGUAAUCUUUAAACAUCCUAAUAAUUUUGAAUAAACUGAGCUGUUAUCAACAUAAAAACAUCCAU